CCCGCAAGCUGUCACUUAGGCCCAAGGGGCGGGGCUUUGGGAUCUGUCCAACCAAGAGGACGCUGAGGCAGAUGGGCGGGGCGAUGUCCCGCUACGUGGACUUCCUCUCUUUUUCGCAUUGCGCAAGUUUCGUGUUCUGUCUGGUUCACUGGCCUGGUCAUUCUCGUGCAUCUUCUGUCGCUCUGGUGGUUGUCUCUGGGAGGGACUCAGACAGUCCCAGGAGACCUGGAAAUGGAUUUCUAAUGUUUCCCUACAUUCUCUGGCUCUGCUAUGAUCGUGAUAUGAGUGACACUGUAACCACAGAAAUGAAGUGUAAAUGGUUUCGUUUCUUCAUGAUCCUGUCAAAUUAUUGAGGAAAUGUGGAGAGACUCUUUGGCCUUUGAGGAUGUGGCUGUAAACUUCACCCUGGAUGAGUGGGUUUUACUGGAUUCCUCACAGAGGAAACUCUACAGAGAUGUGAUGCGGGAAAACUUCAGGAAUGUAGUCUCAGUAGAAGCAAAACAGGAAGAUCAUGACAUUGAAGAUCAGGACAAAAACCAGGAGAGAAAAUUACGAAAUCCCAAGGCAGAGAGACACUCUGAAAAGAAAGACAUUAAUUCCUCUGAAGAAAGCUUCAACCUUAUUCCAACUCCCAAUGUGAAGAGAACUCGUGAUAUAAAACCAUGGGAAUGCAGAGCAUGUGGGAAAGUCUUCAUGUAUCAUUCAUCCCUUACUAGACACAUGAAAUGUCACAUUGAAAACAGAUCAGGAGAUCGCCGAAAGUACCGCGAGAAGGUAUAUAAAUGUAAAGAAUGUGGAAUAGCAUUCAUUUUUCCUAGUGCUCUGAAAACCCAUGAAAGGAGUCACACAGGGGAGAAGCCCUAUGAAUGUAAGGAAUGUGGCAAAGCCUUCGCGUGGCACACAACUUUUCGAAAACACAUGGGAACACACACUGGAGAUUUACCUUACAAGUGUCAGAAAUGUGAGAAAGCAUUCAUUUAUCCCAGUCACCUACGAAUGCACGAAAGCACUCAUAAAGGACAUAAACCCUAUAAAUGUACAGAAUGUGGAAAAACCUUUGAAAGUCCUGAAACUAUUGAAAUACAUGAAAGGAUUCACAGGGGAGAAAAACCUUAUGAAUGUAAGCAGUGUGGUAAAGCUUUCAAACGUUUGAGGUCCUUCCAGGCACACAAAAGACAUCACACGGGAGAGACACCGUUUGUAUGUAAAACAUGCUCUAAAGUAUUGAAUACUGCCUGGUCACUUCGAAAUCAUGAAAGAAUCCACACUGGAGAAAAACCAUAUAAGUGUAAGGAAUGUGGUAAAGCCUUCUUAUUGAAUGUAACCCUUCAGAAACACAUGAUAACACACACUGGGGAUGGACCUUAUAAAUGUAAAGAAUGUGAGAGAGUAUUCAUUCAUCCCAGUUCUUUUAAAGUACAUGAAAGGAGUCACACUGGAGAGAAACCAUAUCAAUGUGACCAGUGUGGUAAAUGGUACCGGUAUCCAUCAUUUUUAAAAAUACAUCGAAGGACCCAUAGUUGACAGGGAGGAGACCUUGAAUGUUUGGGAAUGGGAAAUAAAAGGGAAACCUUCUUUUCCACUUAUGUUGAUGUGCAUGAAAGAAUUCACACUGGACAGAAACCUAUCAAUUUGAUGGAAAUGUCAGAAAACUUCCAUUUGUGUCUCAGUCAUUCAAAGACCCAUGAGACUACACACUGGAUGGAAAUCAUAUAAAAUGUGAAGAAUGUGGAAAAGGCUUUUCCGAUCUUAGUUUCUGGAUCCAUAAAAGGAUUUACUAGGUAAAACCUUGUUUGUAAACAGCCUCAGAAAUACUUAAAUUGGCUGAUAUCAUAUAUGGAAAAACUCCCAUGGAGAAGGUGUGUAAAUGUAAAUAACAUGAGAUAAAUUGAUGGAAAGUAAUCCAUGCUUAAUGUUCCAGAAAACCUUCAGCAUGAAAGAGUUGUUUUAUUUUUAUUUAUUAGUAUUUUCUUUUGACCUCAAUUUGGGGCAUGUAGGAUCUUAGUUCCCCAACCAGUGAUGGAAGCCAUGCCCCUGCAGUGGAGGCACGUUGUCUUAACCACUGGACUGCUGGGGAAGUCCCAAAGGAAUUGUUUUUAAAAUUUAUAAAUGUGUUGUGUUUACUAAAGACCUUUCUUCAAGUUUAA